AUGGGAGCUUGCGUGGCAAGUGUGCUGCCCUGCAAGAGCAGCUCUUUGAUGGGAGAGGUUGAAACUGUACAGUCGGAGAAGAUGGCAGGUCGCGUUCCUGGCGUCACGGUAUCUUUGGAGGCUGUCAAAAUGGACAUUGCGGAGGAAGCUGGCAGUCCCAGUCCUCUUCUAGAGGCAGUGAUGGCCGGUCGUAGUUUGGAUAUGGAACGAGCCCAGGCAAUUGCCAGAGACAUUGCGAAGCCGGACUACACCAUUGGCAAGUACUUUCAGGACCUGAUGGCCACUUUUCCAGAGCUGCAUUUGUUUGGCCUUGAGGGGAUGUCUGUUGACACGCUGGAGUUCAAACGAGAUGUCCUGUAUGGCGGACGAGUGGCCGGAGAUGAGUUCCAAAGAACCAUUGGAGCAUUCUUUGCCAUUUACUGGCUAUUGCGUUCGAGCGUUGAUGGCAAGCACGGGUUUUGUCAUGGGGUCGAUGACUCCUGGAGGCCAUUGCCAUCACGUGAAGGUGAGAGCGACAAGUGUCGUGUUUUCUACGGCGAUGAGACGAUAUGGAAGUACUUCCAGGACUUGAUGCUCGAUGCAGGCGUUCUCGUCCAAAAGGGCUCGAAGCUGGAAGUGGACUCCGAAACGACCUUGGCCCUCCUGGUGCUGACCGCCUUGCAUGACGUGAUGAAGGUCAGCUUGCUGCUGCCGGUGGUUCAAAAGGCCGAUGCUCCAUACAGAGGCUAUGGCGAGUCGGAGGUCAUUGCAGACCAUGAUCUGGCAAUUUUUUAUCUCAUCGAGCGCUAUCCGCAGCUGCUGCCAUCACUGAGCAGUUUGAAGCCCGAGCUGCAGUCCUCCGUCCAAAUGGUGCUCAGCGGCCUCGCCUUCAACAACGGCUGGUUUGUGCAAGCGGAGGCUCCACCAGGAGCAGUGUUGCGGGGAAUCAAGGCUGCAAUCACUUCGCAGAACAAGUCUGAUCGGCAAGUCAGCAAGCGAGACUUGAGCUUGUACUUUGUACAUUGGCUGACGGAUCUGGCCGGCGCCGAGCCUUCGCCAUUGUUUGGAUGCCUAAAGCUCACCAGCCAGCUUCCUCUUCCUGUGCUGAAGAGCUUCAUGGAGUCGGUGAAGUACAUUCAGCAGCUGGCGGAGCGCACCGAGACGGAGGUCAUGGAAAGCUACUUGAAGGAUCGCUGGAAGAAUGCUCAGCCACCGGUGGGUCCGCUGCCAAGCGGGCCAGAGGCUCUUGUCAAGACGCGCUUGCUUUGCAUGGCCCAAGGCAUGGCAACGCAAGUGUUGGAAGCCUUCGACAAGUUGAGCGACGCAGACAAAGAGGUCCUCAGCGUGGAAAUGUCCCGGACUGGUACGGAGAACCAGAGCUUCUCAGAGGGAUUUGUUCCAUCCAGCGUGAGGGCGCGUUUGGCGGGACCAGCAUUCCUGGUUUACUAUGGCCCAGCAUUCUUGCAGAGGAUGCACAAUGACAGCCCGCUGAGACGUCUCGAGAUUUUGGCAGAAAUCUAUCGCCGUGCUCGCAAACUUUGGCCUGCUGCCAAUGAUCAAGCGGGAAGUUUCGUUACGCUGCGGAUCGAUGCCAUCACCAUCCAGGGCAAGUGGAGCUCUUCGGAUCCUGAGCUUUUGUUGUUGAGGAUGUGCAGCAACAAGCAGGCAGUCAUUGAAAGGAAGCCUGAGGCAGACCCAAAGACGACCAAUGUCAAAGAGGAGAACACCGAAAUCUUGUUUGCACCGGAGAUGCAAAACGGACCUGCUGGUGUGGACAUUUGCUCCCAAGAGGAGAUGAUUCGGCGGGUGAGCAACGAGAUCUUGAACUCUGGGCGUUGGUACCGUAAAGUGGCUUUUGCUUUCCUGCGCCGUGCUCAAGCAGGAGAGAUCAUUACCACAGUCGUGGAUGGCAAAGAGGAAACCGUAAACACUGCAGUCGAUGGCGACUACGUUGUGCAAGCCAACACUCGGUGGAAGGAAAACUAUAUCCUUUCCUAUGCGACUACAUCGGCCGCUUAUGAUUUGGCGACUCCCUUGGAAAUCCCUCAUGGCCGAGAGGAUGCGCACCAGCUGCGCAAGGACGGAUACCGAUGCUACAGGUCUCGCACCCGCAUUCGUGCGCUGCGUGCCACGGAUGAGUUUCUCCAGAGGCAUUGUCCUUCAAAGAAGUUUAUGGCCAAGUGGGGCUCGCCGUGCUCGGUGGAAGUCGAUGACAUCAUAGCAGCACAAGUCAGCGCAGACUCCGAAGUAACGGAGAUCUACAGGAUCGAGAAGACCGUUUUCCGAGAAACUUUCAUCCCGGAGCAGAAGUGA